GACCCAGGAACAUCCGCAUUCGGACUGCUACCAACUGCAGACAAGUGGCUAACGCUAAUGUUUGCUAACUAAUCCAGAUCGUGUUUUGGGAGCGCAAGUGUGAGUGCGUGUGUGUCCCGUGUGAACCAUGGAACAGUGUGCGUGUGUGGAGCGGGAGCUGGAGAAAGUCCUCCAUCGCUUCGUCAUGUACGGACAUCAGUCUGAGGAGAGGCUGGACGAGCUCCUGCGCAGCGUCUGUGAGAUACGAGGACAGCUGGUUGCCUUUGGAGUCCAAGAUGGAGAUCUAUCGGUUCUCUCUCAGACUAUGGCUCAGUGUUGUAAGAAUAUCAAAGAGACUGUGCAGAUGCUGGCCUCUCGACAUAAGGACAUUCACGGCAGUGUGUCCAAAGUGGGCAAAGCCAUUGACAGGAACUUUGAUGCAGAGAUCAGUGCGGUGGUCGCAGAGACUGUGUGGGACACUCCGGAGAGACAAAAACACCUGAGUGAAACCAUAGUGGAACACCUGUACAGACAAGGCAUGCUCAGUGUAGCAGAAGAUCUUUGUCAGGAGUCCGGCGUAGUUAUAGAUAUGAGCAUGAAGCAGCCUUUCCUGGAACUCAACAGGAUCCUUGAAGCUCUGAGGAUGCAGAACCUGAGGCCAGCACUCGAGUGGGCAGUGACAAAUCGCCAGCGUCUUCUGGACCUCAACAGCAGUUUAGAGUUUAAAUUGCACCGCUUGUAUUUCAUCAGCCUGCUUAGUGGUGGCAUUAGUAACCAGAUGGAGGCACUCAAGUAUGCCAGGCACUUCCAGCCCUUUGCCUCGCAGCACCAGCGAGAUAUUCAGAUCCUAAUGGGCAGCCUGGUGUACCUGCGUCACGGUAUUGAGAACUCUCCAUACCGUAGUUUGCUGGAAACCAAUCAGUGGGCGGAGAUUUGUAAUAUCUUCACCAGAGACGCCUGCGCUUUACUUGGUCUCUCUGUAGAAUCUCCUCUUAGUGUUAGCUUUGCUUCAGGCUGCAUGGCUUUGCCUGUGCUGAUGAACAUCAAGCAGGUGAUCGAACAGCGGCAAUGCAGCGGCGUCUGGACGCACAAAGACGAGCUGCCCAUUGAAAUUGACCUCGGCAAGAAGUGCUGGUACCACUCUGUGUUCGCUUGCCCCAUCCUCAGACAGCAAACUUCAGAGAGCAACCCGCCCAUGAAGCUAAUCUGUGGCCAUGUCAUCUCAAGAGAUGCUCUCAACAAACUGACCAACGCUGGGAAGUUGAAAUGCCCGUACUGCCCCAUGGAGCAGAAUCCCUCACACGCCAAGCAGAUCUACUUUUGAUAGCGCAAACUCCUCCUGUGUGGGAGAGAGGAUGAAGUUCCCUGGAGCGCCUUGCAUUUCCAGAACCAUUAGGUGCGGCCCGCCUCCUCUUUCCCUGGCUCACGACCCGUUCUUGUAAGCAUUAAGGUUUGAUCUCUGUGCUCAUGGGACACCUUUGGCCACCCUGUAGAAUCCAGGGUCCCACUGUGACAUGCAUUGGAACGAGGAGUUGUAUGAGAAUGUCCUCACAAAGAAGCGCCACUGACUAAGAAUCAUUCAUUUGAACUUUGCAACUGAAAUAUUGUGAUAAUUAUUAUUAUUUAUAGUGUUUGUUCUUUGGGCCUUUUUGAGUCAGCUUGUUUCUUCUUUUUUUGGGGGCAAAGUGGUUAAAUGAAUGAUUGUGGAUGGAUGCAUUGUGGGCAAAAUGGACUGUCAAGUGGCUGACAAACAUCUUUCUUGAGAACACCUUUUAGAUCAUAUGUGCAGUAGAACUUAAGUCACCUAUUAUUUAUUUACUGAGACUUUUGCCUCAAGCAUCACUUUGAUCAGAUUCUCUCAUCGGUGAUGGAACAGCUUCCCCCCCAUGUGAUAAACUGCACCAGCAAGAUUCUCCUCCUGAUAGAAGCCAUUUGUCUUGUUCCAUUUAUGUAUGUAACAAACACAACACCAAGGAAAUAUACGCUACUGUGAAAUGUAUUCUGUUCUUCAUCGCAACAGCCUGAUGUAAAAUAACCAAGUGAACGUGUUAUCGACACGAGUGCAACACGACUAACAGCUCGCCAACGCUCUGUGUAUCCUAAUGCUGGCACACCGUGUGACUUGGAGGUGUGAAGUGGUGUGACGGUCCCCGUGUGCUCUGCCCGGAGGCUCGUGAUUCAGCUUUACUCAUCGUGGGCAGGGAUGUCCACUGAUUAUUGUGGCCGCUGUUUAUUAUAUUCAGAGAAAAAGCCUCUGCUGCAUAGAUUUGGUUUUCUUUUAAGACAGAAUUGCAAUAGAAUCAUCAUAAAAAAGAUGUUUCCUCAGGGCUCAUACUCACAGCACACAGGUAGUGUUUAUGAACAGAAUCAGAAUUUACAGAUCUUUGGGACGCUCACACAAUGCUUCAAGGCAUUCAUCCGGAUGCAUGCUCCCUGUGUCCUGGAAGUAGUGAUCACAUUGGUGAGGCUUGUUAGCUCUGCAAGCAACCAGCAUAGCUCUCACACUGAUAUACAGUAUAUUCAGUAUUACAUGAUGCAUAUCGGGAUGUUAUUUGCAAUGGAUCAAAGCAGAUGUUUUAUUUUCAUUGCGUGUGCAUGUGUGUGGAGCUUCAGAGGAUUUGUUUUGGUUGAGAAACAUUCAUCGCCUCAUAAGAGUGUCCCUUCAGGGAAAUUCCCAGCACUCUCUAUCACAUCUGUCUGCAUUUCCUGCUUUUCUGUGUGUGAUGUGAGUUUAUUGUAAAUAUUUAACCUGACAUGUUUCAUAUAUUGGCAUCAUAAAUAAAACUUUAUACUCCA